AUGACCUACACCAUCACCUCCCCACCCCCCUCCCUCUGCCCGCCCACCAGCGCCGCCAUGAUCUCCUUCCUCGAGAACUUCUACCGCAUCAGCGACACCGAAUCCCUCCACAACGACUACGCGACGAAUUUCACGGAAGAUGCGACGCUCAUUAUGGGCUCGAAGGUUGCCAAGGGAUUGGAUGAGAUCUUGAAUUUGAGACACGGUCUCUGGACGCACGUCGCGCGCCGCAAACACACCCCCGAGCGGGUGUAUUUCGGUGCGGAGAGAGAACUCAUGCUAUAUGGGACGGUGAGGUAUGUGCUCAGGAAGGAUGUCGAGGCUGGGAAGGAGGAGGAUGAGAUUGAGGUGCCCUGGGCCGGGAGGGUCGUGUUUGAUGAGAAGGUUGAGAAGAUGCGGUUUUAUCAGGUUUAUUUGGAUCCGACGGCGCAGGGUGGGAAGAAAUGA